AUGGGAAAUAAAUACGAGGAGGAGUACGGAAAGGUCCAGCUUCCUCCACGACGGAGCGAGGACGGGGGCCUUCGAGAGGGCAUGUUGAUCAUCCGCGCUGAUGAGGAUUGCGUUGGCGCGGCCGGCGAUUGUGAAAACGGUUUUACCCCACACCCCGCGCGAGCAUUCGCGGAGAUUUAUUUGCAGCCUGUUGUCCGUUCAGUUCUCACGGCAGAGCAAUUUAUGCGCUGGUCAAAACGCGAACUUCGGCUGGAGGAAGCCAACUUGUGGAGUCUUGUACUGGAGCUUUUGCUGGAUGCUGAGCAGGGCAGUAAAUACAACCCGGACGCUAUUGGCAUUGCUGACGUCCAGCCUCAUCGUCGCUGGUAUGUGUCUCACCUUUCACACAUACAGGAAUUGCUGCAACGUCAUACACUCUUGCGCCGCAUGAACAUUGUUGUGCGCUGGCUGGAACAAACUUAUAGAGAGGGGAAUACAUUGCUUAAACUCUCAGCUUCACGUUCUCAUGAGGAGGCUGUUUUAUUGCGACAGAUUAUUCUGUCUCACCUACGUGGUGGCGAGCUUUACAGGGCUAUUGAUUUGGCUGUCACGGCAGGCGACUGCACAUACAGUUGUUUACUGAAUGCGGCACAGAUGCAAACGGUGUAUGAAUCAUGGUUUCAUUGA